AUGUUCCAGCUCGCGAAACAUCACCCACGAAUGGUUUGUGUUGCGUCAGACAGGCUGUUAGAAACAAAACACUUUGCAUACCAUGCUGCAUCGUGUGGUCCUGUGUUACGUUUCUUUCCGCAUUUCGCGCGAACAGACCCGUGCUUUGUGCGAAUGUGCCUCCAGCAUGCCUCAUUUGAGGAGCAGUACGAUUUUCCGCGUGUGAAAAGAUCGGGCGUCCUGCCUGUUCAUCUUGAGAUGCGAUGCGAAGAGGCGCGUGCAGAACCCAUCUCCGCUGAGGAAGUGGAUGCGUGUCUGAGUAGUAGGUGUUCUGUGGAAAAGAAGUCUUCUUUGCAGACACCCAACUACGUCCUGGUCGAACAACUGGAGAAAGAACUCAAGCAAUCGAUAUCCUUGGCUUCGGAGGCUAGCGAAAAUCGGACACCAGACACAACGAGCAGAGGGACGGACGCAGUCUGUAGUUCUUCAUCUUUCCCCCUUGACCAUCUCGAGAUCGAGCUUGACUGGGACCGUCUAAAGAAGCCUGGAUGCUACCUUACAGUUGACGUUUUGCGUGAUAAUGUUAUCGAAGGAACGGUAUUUGAACCGGCAAAACUAACAUCACCACCAGGUGGUAUGAUCUCCACAAGCUUCUCGAUGGACAUUCCACUCCUUUUCAGGGACCCCGAAGUAGCCUCGGGUAGCGUCCAUGAUAUCGAGUGGCGCUGUGCCAGAAACUUCGCC